CCAUACUCCAUACGCAGCCGGCGCCAUGGACGUGGCCCUGUGGGCGUAAAAAAUGCGCGUGCAUUCUCACACCGCCGCCGCGGCCGUUUCCUGCCGUGGUUGCUGGCACGACGACCGCCACCCGCCCGUGCAGGCAGUCUCACACCAAGUCAUAAGCCCAUGUAACGAGAGGAGAGGAGCAAGAGGUCAACGGCAGGGUUUGGCGCACCGUGAUCGGGAGUAACCGGGAGAGAGGAUGAGGGCGCGCACGCUCUCUUCCCUCCUCCUCCUCGCCGCCCUCGCCGCCGUCUCCUUCACUCCCUCGGCAUCCACCGACACCAUCUACCGGAACACGACGCUCACCGGCAACCAGACGAUCGUCUCUGCCGGUGGCGUCUACGCGCUCGGCUUCUUCACCCCGGACGGCGCCGCCGGCCGAACGUACCUCGGCAUCUGGUACGCCAGCAUCCCGGGCCCGACGACCGUGGUGUGGGUCGCCAACCGCCAGGACCCGGUGGUGAGCCCCCCGGUUGCCCUCCAGCUCACCGCCGGCGGACGGCUGGUCAUCCUCGACGGCAACAACGACACCGUGUGGUCCUCCGCGCCGCCCGCCGCCGCCAGGAACGUCACCGCGCGCGCCGCCGCGCAGCUCCUGGACAGCGGCAACCUCGUCCUGAGCGCGGACGGGAGCGGCUCCGAGCAGAGCGUGGCGUGGCAGAGCUUCGACUACCCGACGGACACGCUGCUCCCGGGGAUGAAGCUCGGGGUGGACGCCAGGCACGGCAUCACCCGGAACAUCACGGCGUGGCGCAGCGAGUCCGACCCGUCGCCGGGCGACGUCACCUUCAAGCUCGUCCUGAGCAGCGGGCUCCCGCAGUUCUUCCUUAUGCGGGGCAGCAAGAGGAUCUACACGAGCGGGCCGUGGAACGGCGACAUCCUCACCGGCGUGCCGUACCUCAAGGCGCAGGACUUCACCUUCAGGGUCGUGUACAGCGCCGACGAGACGUACUACAGAUACUUCAUCCGCGACGCGUCGCUGCUGUCGCGGCUCGUCGUCGACGGCGCCGCGACGCAGCUGAAGCGCUUCUCCCUCAACAACGGCGCGUGGAGCAGCUUCUGGUACUACCCGACGGACCAGUGCGACUACUACGCCAAGUGCGGGGCGUUCGGGUACUGCGACCCCGACCGCACCCCGGUGUGCGGCUGCCUCCCGGGGUUCGUGCCGCGGUCGCCGGACCAGUGGGGCCAGCGGGACUGGUCCGGCGGGUGUGUCCGGAACACCAACCUAAGCUGCGACGGCGGCGGCGGCGGCGGCGACGGGUUCUGGGUGGUGAACCGGAUGAAGCUGCCGCAGGCGACGGACGCGACGGUGUACGCCGGCAUGACGCUGGACCAGUGCAGGCAGGCGUGCCUCGGCAACUGCAGCUGCGGGGCGUACGCCGCCGCCAACAACAGCGGCGGGGUCGGCGUCGGCUGCGUCCUCUGGACCGUCGACCUGCUGGACAUGCGGCAGUACCCGAUCGUCGUGCAGGACGUGUACAUUCGGCUCGCGCAGUCCGACAUCGACGCCCUGAAGGCCGCAGCAGCAGAUAACCACGAGCGCUCACACAAGGGCAAGCUGAUCAUCAUCGUCGUCGCGACCAUUUCCGGUGUGCUUCUCCUGCUAGCAGCGGCUGGCUGCUGUUGUUUCUUGAUGAAGAAGGGGAGGAGCAAGCGUGAAAGCGACGACAUGGCGUCAUUGCCGCCGAGCACUACUACUGGAGAUUUUGUGCUUCCGUACAGGCCCAGGAGCCAGCCUUCGUUGAGCCCGGGACCGGGUCAGCAGCCUGAUGAGGGCUCGGAGGGAAUGAGAUACGCCGAGAAAGAUGUUGACCUUCCAUUGUUCGAUCUGGAGGUGAUCCUGGUCGCCACGGACGACUUCGCGGAGCACAAGAAGGUUGGAGCAGGUGGAUUUGGCCCUGUUUACAUGGGAGUUCUUGAGGAUGGGCAGCAAGUAGCUGUGAAGAGGUUGAGCCAGGGAUCAACGCAAGGGGCGAGGGAGUUCAUGAACGAGGUGAAACUGAUUGCGAAGCUGCAGCACAGGAACCUUGUAAGGCUGCUCGGCUGCUGCAUCGACAACGAUGAGAGGAUGCUCGUGUACGAGUACAUGCACAACCAGAGCUUGGACACGUUCAUAUUCGAUGAAGCGAAGGGCAGGUUGCUAGUAUGGCAGAAACGGUUCGAGAUUAUUUUGGGGAUUGCACGGGGUCUGCAGUAUCUGCACGAGGAUUCGAGGUUCAGGAUCAUCCACAGGGACCUGAAGGCUAGCAACGUGUUGCUGGACAGAAACAUGGUCCCCAAAAUUUCAGACUUUGGCAUCGCCAGAAUGUUUGGAGGCGAUCAGACCACUGUAUACACCCGGAAGGUUAUCGGAACAUAUGGAUACAUGUCCCCGGAGUACGCAAUGGACGGCCUCAUCUCAAUAAAAUCCGACGUCUUCAGCUUCGGCGUCAUGGUGCUGGAGAUCAUCACCGGCAAGAGGAACCGUGGCUCCUACGAACCAGAGCUCGAUGUCAACCUCCUAGGAUAUGCAUGGAUGCUGUGGAGAGAAGGGAGAAGCUUGGAGCUGCUGGACGAGGCGUUGGGUGGCAGCUUCCACCACAGCAGGGUGCUGCGGUGCAUCCAGGUCGCUCUGCUGUGCGUCGAAGCGCAGCCGAGGAACAGGCCCCUGAUGUCGUCGGUGGUGACGAUGCUGGCGAGCGAGAACACCGUGCUCCCUGAGCCCAACGAGCCCGGAGUGAACCCUGGAAUGAGCACGUCGUCGGACACGGAGUCGUCCCGGACUCGGAGCGCCACCUCCAACUAUGUGACAGUGACCAGAUUAGAGGCGAGGUCCACUGGUAACUCUCCCCUGUAAAGUUUACAAGUUUGUAAAGAUUGUUGCAUUGAGAAGCUCCUGAAUUCAAUUCAUUGGGACCGUAAUCGGGUCCAUAUGUUUUUUUCAAUCUGUCAGACUGUUGAGAUGUUGCGGUCA